UUUUUUUUUUUUUUUUUUUCUGUCAAAUGAUACCUGAGCAUCAGUAGUUUCUAUGUCUACAGUCUCUGUUGAUGAAAUAUUUGCUGAUGAUCCUGUUGGAGAUACAAAUACUUGUCUGGAUCAAAAAUUGUGUUGUGUGGAAGCAGCGUAAUAUAAAUUACACUCCAUGGUUUCUGCCCUCUUAAAGAGCCUGAUCUCAUCUUACAUAUAUAAGACUUGCAAAGGAAUGUUUACAAAGAAAUCGGGAAAUAGUACAAAAAGGAAAGAGAGUUGUCAGAGCAAAAAGGAACAAGACUUUACUCAGAUCGGACAAACAAAGAAUCCAAAAUUUUCAAAUACUUUAAAAAGCACUGUUAAAAAGAUUGCCAAGUGUCCAUCUGCUCGCAAUUUAUCCACUGAAGAAGAGGAAAGUAAUAGAGAAUUUUCACUUUCUCCAACAUUCAGUUAUAGAGUUGCUAUUGCCAAUGGACUGCAAAAGCAUAUUUUUGUAACAAACAAUAAUAAUGAAGAUAUAGUUCAAGAUCUGUCUUCAAAUGAUAGUUCAUAUUCUGAGUCACUAAGUGAAGUAAAAAGUAAUAGCAAGAAAAACGAAUACGUAUCACACACAAUGCCUGUGAGACGCAACAGAAAAAGCUUGAGCAGCCUUGCAGCAUCUGAUGGAAGUUCUGAUGGAGAACGCACUUUACACACACUGAAGCUGGGAGCUUUACGAAAACUAAGGAAGUGGAAGAAGAGCCAAGAAUAUGUCUCAUCAGACUCAGAACUAAGUACAUGGAAGAAAACAUGGGGCUUAAGAAGUAAAUCUCUAGACAGAACUGGGCGCCACCAGAAAUCGAAUACAUUUGAACCUGGCUUCAGUUCAACAGGUAGUAUUAGUCAAACCCAUGAUGUUAUGGAAAUGAUCUUUAAAGAGCUUCAGGGAAUAAGUCAAAUUGAAACAGAACUCUCUGAAUUAAGAGGGCAUGUUAAUGCUCUGAAACAAUCAAUUGAUGAAAUUUCUAGUAGUGUAGAAGUUGUACAAAAUGAAAUUGAACAAUUGCGAACUGGAUUUGUGCAGUCCAGAAGAGAAACUCGGGACAUACAUGACUAUAUUAAGCAGAUAGGCCAUCCAGGAAACAAAGCAAGUCUUAGAUUUCUAAAUGUGCCUGAAGAGAGACUUGAAAAAACUGAAAGCGUAGUUUACAAAAUAUUAAUAGAUAAAAUGGGGUUCUCGGAGGCACAAAGCACUAUUAAAAUUGAGUUUGCCCAAAGACUGGGGCAGCAAAGAGACUGUCCAAAUGCAAAGCCAAGACCCAUUCUUGUUUACUUUGAGUCAUCUCAACAGAGAGACUUGAUUUUAAAAAAGUCUUAUAAACUUAAGGGAACUGGUAUUGGAAUUUCUACAGAUAUAUUUUCCCAUGACAUAAAAGACAAAAAAGAAAGAGGACUACCUUCAUCUCAGACAUAUGAAAGUAUGGAUAUGAAGCUUUUGACUCUGGAGACAAAACCUAAAAUGCAUGACUGGGAGUCACCUGACAGUGAUAAAGACUUGGAAUCAGAUAUAAAUAAGAACAGUUAUGCAAAGGUAUCUAAAUCAGCAUUUCAAAUAAAAACAAGCACUACAAAGGGGAGUAUUGAGUCCCCAGAUACUAAAGACCUUAAUAGUACUGCUGAGAGUAGCACCUUUUCAGACAGAAGAAAUUAUGACAAUCAGUCACCAGAAUUUGAAAACAUGGAAAAACAAUUGAAGACCUAUUAUUCAGACAUGACUCCUCUAUGGCAUUUACAGAAUGACUUUGCAACACCAAAACUUAGCCGUUCAGAGUCAGAUUUCUCAAAAUUGUGUCAGUCUUACUCUGAGGAUUUUUCAGAAAAUCAGUAUUUUAGCAGAACAAAUGGCAGUUCACUACUGUCUUCCUCUGAUCGAGAGCUUUGGCAGCGAAGGCAAGAUGAUUCUACAAACUGGUAUGGCAGUUCCCAGGAACAGACUUUUGUCCAAGAUAUGCAACAGUAUCCAGAGCAAAAUGAAGUAGAGAACACAGAAACUGUUGACAGUGGAGUAAGCAAUGGAAUAUUAUGUGCAUCGGGAGACAGAAGCCACUAUAGUGAUUCUCAGCUUUCUUUACAUGAUGAUCUUUCCCCAUGGAAAGACUGGAAUCAGUUGGGACAAGGGGCGGAUUUGGGCCUAGACUCAUCCACACAGGAAGCUUUUGUCUAUGAUAUAAGCAGCUCUUCAGAUCAGCACACAGAUUUUGGUAAGUGCCAAAGUUCUGACCUCCAGUAUGAUACUGAAAGCUACGAUUUUACCCUUGAUGGUACUUCUCCAUCAUGUCCAGGCCUUGAUAGUGAAUCACAAAGUCAGUGGACUGGUCAAUAUGAUGAUUAUCAGGAAACAAAUUCUAUCUCCCCUUACCAGAAUCAAAACAGAUUGCCUAUGAUGUACCGAAGUCAGAGUGAACUACCAAGCGACGACUCGGAAGAAACAGCCCCUAAAUCGUGGCAUAGCCGAUUAAGCAUAGACCUUUCUGAUAAGACUUUCAGCUUUCCUAAAUUUGGAUCUACGCUUCAACGAGCUAAGUCAGCUUUAGAAGUAGUCUGGAAUAAAAGUACACAAAGUUUAAGUGGGUAUGAAGACAGUGGAUCAUCUUUCAUGGGAAGGUUUAGAACUUUAUCUCAGUCUACUGCAAAUGAAUCAAGUACGACACUCGAUUCUGAUGUUUAUGCUGAGCCUUAUUGCUACAAAGCAGAGUAUGAGGAAGACUUAAUUGAACCACCUGGUGAGAAUGAAACAGACUACGUAGAAGUAAUGGAACAAGUCCUUGCUAAACUAGAAAACAGAACUAAUAAUGAAACUAGUGAGCAUGUCCAAGAAUAUGAACUGGGGCAGCCUUCAUAUGAAACUCCAUAUGAAGUGCUACCAGAGGAGCAGUAUGACACACAGUUUGACAGUGUGGUCAGUGAAAACAUGUUGGAAGUUGAAAGUGACAUGGCUACUGACAUAGAAGUAAGGGAAGAUGAAAAUCAGAAUGUCCCAGAGAUGUGUACUGAAACUCCAAAGAAAAAAAGAAUACGACCAUCAUUUAAAGAAGCUGCUUUAAAAGCAUACAAGAAACAAAUGAAUGAUUUGGAAGAAAAGAUCUUUGCUGGAGAUAGCGGUUCUGUGGAUGAAAAGGCUCGGAUAGUAAGUAGAAGUUCCUUGGAUACUUCUAAGCUUUAUGCAGUCCAGGCAUUUAGUGGUGGGCUGUAUGGAAUUGAUAGCAUGCCAGACCUGCGUAGAAAGAAAUCUUUUCCCAUUGUUCGAGAUGUGGCUAUGACACUUGCGGCUCGAAAAUCUGGUAUUUCCAUGGCCAUGCUCAUGCGGACCUCCAUAAACAAUGAUGAAAUGAAAAUACAUGUCUUCAAGAAGACAUUGCAGGCUUUGAUCUAUCCAAUAUCAUCAACUACACCUCACAACUUUGAAGUUUGGACAGCUACAACUCCCACAUACUGUUAUGAAUGUGAAGGUCUACUUUGGGGCAUAGCCAGACAAGGCAUGAGAUGCACUGAAUGUGGUGUCAAAUGCCAUGAGAAGUGCCAAGACCUCCUAAAUGCUGACUGUUUGCAGAGAGCUGCUGAGAAAAGUUCCAAACAUGGUGCAGAAGAUAAAACACAGAAUAUUAUCAGUGCUAUGAAGGAAAGAAUGAAGAUUAGAGAGAAAAAUAGACCAGAGGUGUUUGAAGUGAUCCAGGAAAUGUUUAACGUUUCCAAAGAAGAUUUUGUACAAUAUACAAAGGCAGCAAAACAAAGUGUUUUGGAUGGAACAUCCAAAUGGUCGGCAAAAAUAACCAUCACAGUUCUGUGUGCUCAGGGCUUACAGGCUAAGGACAAAACUGGCUCAAGUGACCCAUAUGUCACUGUGCAAGUUGGCAAAACCAAGCGGAGAACAAAGACUAUUUUUGGAAACUUGAAUCCAGUAUGGGAUGAAAAAUUCUAUUUUGAAUGCCAUAACUCUACAGAUAGAAUAAAAGUGAGAGUAUGGGAUGAAGAUGAUGACAUCAAAUCUAGAGUAAAACAACAUUUCAAAAAGGAAUCAGAUGACUUCCUCGGGCAAACAAUCAUUGAAGUAAGAACACUGAGCGGAGAAAUGGAUGUGUGGUAUAAUUUAGAAAAGCGAACAGAUAAAUCAGCUGUCUCUGGUGCCAUUAGAUUGAAAAUCAAUGUUGAAAUAAAAGGAGAGGAGAAAGUUGCUCCCUACCAUGUGCAGUACACCUGUCUACAUGAGAAUCUAUUCCAUUACUUGACGGAAGUUAAAUCUAAUGGUGUUGUAAAAAUUCCUGAAGUGAAAGGUGAUGAAGCCUGGAAGGUGUACUUUGAUGAUGCUGCACAAGAAAUUGUAGAUGAAUUUGCAAUGCGCUAUGGAAUUGAAUAUAUUUAUCAAGCUAUGACGCACUUUUCCUGUCUAUCUUCUAAAUAUAUGUGCCCUGGUGUUCCAGCAGUUAUGAGUACGUUGUUGGCCAAUAUAAAUGCUUUCUACGCUCAUACUACAGCAGCAACUAAUGUAUCUGCCUCAGAUCGGUUCGCAGCUACUAACUUUGGGAGGGAAAAGUUCAUAAAACUGCUGGAUCAAUUGCACAAUUCUCUGAGGAUUGAUUUGUCUAAAUACAGGGAUAAUUUUCCUGCCAGCAAUUCUGAAAGACUCCAAGAUCUGAAAUCAACUGUGGACCUGCUUACCAGCAUUACUUUUUUUCGAAUGAAGGUCCUUGAAUUGCAGAGCCCACCUCGAGCCAGUACUGUGGUGAAAGACUGCGUAAGAGCCUGCCUGGACUCAACUUAUAAAUAUAUUUUUGACAAUUGCUAUGAUCUCUACUCCCAGUUAGUGGAUCAGGGUAAGAAACAAGAAGUUACUAAAGAAGAACAGGGACCAACAACAAAGAAUUUGGAUUUCUGGGCACAGCUUAUUACUCUGAUGGUCACCAUCAUAGAUGAAGAUAAAACAGCGUAUACACCUGUCUUGAACCAGUUCCCUCAAGAGCUGAACAUGGGAAAAAUCAGUGCUGAAAUCAUGUGGACUCUGUUUGCCCAGGACAUGAAAUAUGCUCUGGAAGGUAAUUAGAACAAACUAUUAAUUACACUAGAGAGUUCACCAAGACUGAUUACCACUGCAAAUCACACCUGGCAUCAGAUUGUGUGGGUG